GCACGCUUAAGAGGUAUUCGAACGAUAGCCGAAUUCGAUACGCCGAGCCAUAUACGAUCAUGGGGUCUAUCACAUCCAGAGCUACUGAGUGCUUGCGAUGGUGUUCAUAAGGGAUCAAUCGAUCCAACAAAUAACAAUACAUAUGAAUUUAUGCAAAAUUUGCUACGCGAAGUUGGUACCGUUUUUCCAGACGAGUACAUACAUUUGGGCGGCGAUGAAGUCGACUUCGAGUGUUGGGAUUGGAAUGAUCAAAUUGACGAUUAUAUGGAUCGUCACCGAAUGACUUCAUUCGAAGAGCUCGAAGGACAUUACAUUCACCGUCUUAUGAAUACGUUAAACGAGUCGGGGCACAAAUCGAUGGUAUGGCAAGAAGUGUUUGAAAAUGGCAUUCAACUGCCACCUGAAACAAUUGUUCAAGUUUGGACGGGUGAUUGGGCACAACUACUUGACAACAUAACCGAAAGCGGGCUAUUCGGCAUCCUAUCUAGCUGUUGGUAUUUGGAUGAUUUGGAGACUGGCGGUGAUUGGGAAAAGUUUUACGAGUACGAACCGAGCGAUUUUCCCGGUAAUGAUGAACAGCAAUCGCGUUUGAUUGGUGGCGAAGCUUGUAUGUGGACUGAAGUUGUUGAUGAUACAAAUAUUGUGUCGCGCAUCUUUCCACGAGUUAGUGCGGUGGCCGAAAAACUUUGGUCGCAAAAUUGUGCGAGCGAUGAGGAUGAAGCAAGACAUCGACUGGAAGAGCACACUUGCCGAAUGAAGAAACGUGGAUUGCAAGCUCAACCACCGAAUGGACCUGGAUUUUGUGUUUAAUAUCGAAUUUCA